AUGGCCAGAACCCAGCAGGGCCCCAGGCUGCUGCUGGCCAUCAUGGGGGCCCUGGUGGCCCUCACCUACCAAACAAGGAGGAAAACCUUCCUAAGUGUCAGCGAGGUGCCCGCGUCAGAUCCUGUUGUGGUGACCACCCUGGACUUCGUGACCAAGGACUUCAACAAGAAGAGCGAGGACCCGUACAACUUCCGGAUUGUGCAUGUCCUCAAGGUCCUGAAGAGGGUGACUGACCACAUGGAGUAUCGCAUAAACCUGGAGAUGCGGCGGACCAUCUGCCUCAAGAUGGAGGAGAACAACUGCUCCUUCCAGGAAGGCGAGCUCUACAAGAAAAUCGAUUGCUUCUUCUCAGUAUUUGUUAUUCCCUGGUUUGAAAAGUAUAAAGUUCUGGCCCGAAACUGCACGGAUGGCUAG